AGCACGGAGGAAGAUGAGUUGUCAGUUGUCAUUUUACAAAGUGCUCUUGAGCAUGGUCAACACCGUGCUAUCGUUACUUGGCAUUGGUCUGAUAGCAUUGUCUGUGUAUGAAUUAAAUUCCUCCACACCGGGCACCUUUGAGCAUGUGGCGGUGGUGGUGCAGAUAUUCAUUGGAUCCUUUAUUAUACUCACCUCAUUUACGGGCUGUAUUGGAACUUGUCGUCAUUCUUUGAGUCUGGUGUGGAGUUAUGUCAUGUGUGUGGGAUUUCUGUUGGCAUUCCAACUCUACAUUAUUGUGGCAGCCCAUUCUACAGACUACGUUUCAAAUGCCCGUAAUGAUUUCAAUAAUUUGUGGUCAAAUUACACGCUAAAUGAAGACCGGAUUUCGAGUAUAGAAACAAGUAACCACUGUUGCGGCCGGAAUAGUUCUGCGGACUAUGAACCCAUUGCUGGAGCAAUACCGAAAAAAUGUUACCUGAACCAGGAGCGAACACUGGAGAAUCUUUUCAAAGAUGGCUGUUUGGAAGUUCUCGAAGAGAAUGCUUCCAAAAAUAGUCAAAUUGGUUUGACAGUGAAAUGGACUAUCUUCUUAUUGGAAUUAUGUGCCUUAGGAUUAGCAUCAUUGCUGGGAAUAAAUCUGCGUAACAAACGCCGAAGGGAACAAUUUGAAAAUUAGUCGAAUGCUA